ACCUAUUAAUUUAGGACUAAUAAAUAUCCUGAUGUAAAGUUUAGCCCUAGAAAUUUUAUAAAAAUAAUUGAAUGUCUUAAAAAGUCGCAAAGAAAAUGUGUAACUAAUGUAGAAUGAAUUUUUGUUUUUUAAUUUUUAACAUAAAAAAUCAAUCGAUCUACAAAAUCGUACAUAAAUUAUUCGAAACAUGGAACCAUCAGCAUGUGAAGAUUUGAAAGCAUUUGAGCGCAGGCUCACGGAGGUAGUAUCGUCUUAUGGGCCCACUACAUUAAAUUAAUAUAAUAUAAUUGCAGUAGUUCUGGCCACAAUUUCUAUAUGUACAGCUAUUGGAGCGUUUUAUUGGCUUAGAGAUCCUCGUACCUCAAUUGUGCCUCUAAUAGAAUCGUUGUUACUGCAUCCAAUAUUCACGCUUGCCACCUUAAUGCUGGUUAUUCUCUUUGUUAUGGGCAUACAUAAAUUAGUAUUUGCUCCCAAAAUUAUUACAACUCGAAUGCGGACCGUACUUAGCGAUUUCAAUAUGAGUUGUGAUGACACAGGAAAACUGAUUCUUAAACCUCGACCAAACAAUAAUCUAGACGGCAGUAUUCGUUAGAGGAAAUACAUACUGUUUAAAUCUACGACAGAUUGGUGGUUUUGGCACCGAAUGAAGUUAAAAUUAUAAUAACGAUACUUUAUCCCGCUAUUAUAAAUUGGAUAGUUUAGUAAAGUGUUUCCAUUUAAUAAUUUUUUUUAUAUUAAUUUGAUAAAACAGAUAGUUUAACUGGAUUUAAUUGAAAUUGUAAUCAUAAUAUAAAAUAUAUAAUUUCCAAACGCGUA